AUGCCCUCGCCACCAAAGCCCUUCAUCCAAAGGACUUACAAAGGUUUGACAUUUGAGCAUGAAGUUGAUGGGAGAGAAAUCACCCUGAUAGGUUUAGGUCCAGCAAGAACUAUCAAUCACUCUUGCGAGCCUAACGUGUAUUGGGAGCUGGAAACGGAGACACUUGACUACUUGCCAGAUGGUUCUUUACCUAACAUCGGAUUUACAUGUCUCCCUAUAGAAAGGGUCGAAGGAAAGUCCAUUAACCGUGGACAGCAUCUCACUGCUUUUUAUAGCGACUAUUUUGCUGAGAAUCUAUGGUAG